AUGGACAGGGUUCUUGCAGCGGUUCCAUCAGCAAUGUGUGUCUCUCUGCGCACUAAUGCUGAACCAAUUCACCAUUUUCCCGUAAAGUUCUCGAAUCGGGUUCUUCAGACAGGGGACUGCGUUUCUUCUCUAAGGAAAGCUUCGAUUUACCCUUCUCCAAAAGGCAAUUCUUUGAUUAGAAAGAUGCAUUGUGGUGAAAAAUCGCGUGGGAUCGUUAAAUCAGCAGCUUCUUCAGUUGGAAAUGCAGAGGACUAUGCUGAAGAAACGGCUACAAGCGUGAAGUUUCAGAGAUCAGUGACAUUACCUGGUUGUUCUUCUCCGUUGUCUUUGCUUGGCACAGGGUUUAGGGAGAAAAAGUUUGCUAUCAUUGGNGGAGAUAAAGAAAAGAUCAUUGGGUUUUGA